UCUGGAAGAUGCUGAGUAAACGAUUUCUAAACGGUCGGGUCAGGUGGGGGUGGAUUGUUGCGCUUUCUUGCUUUUGGAUUAAUCUGUGUCUUUUUGGCGCGUUUCGUUCUUCUGGACUAUUGUAUGUUGCCCUGGUGGACACCUAUAAUUGUAGCCACGCCUAUGCUGCAUGGUCCUCUGCCCUAGCUGCCGCCUUAAUGAAUUUAUCUGGACCAUUGGUCGGUUUAUUGACUCAUCUCCUCACCAUUCGUGUUAUCAUUUUAACUGGUUCAGUUGUGUCUUCUAGUGCCGUUGCUCUUUGUUAUUUCGCGACUGAUAUUAAUCACGUAAUUCUUCUUCUUGGAGGCUUACAAGGUCUUGGCCUCGGACUUGUCACUAACCUCACGCCAGUAAUUAUAAGCCACUACUUUCAAGAACACAAAGCUACAGCUUGUGCAAUAUCCUACAGUGGCUCCACGGUCGGAGCGUUUUUCUUUUCAUUCAUUAUUGCUGUGUUCCUGGAAAGGAGAGGCUUAAAAGCUACCUUUCCUGUCCUAGGAUACAUUAUGUUUUGCAGUGUUUUGGGGGCAGUUUUCCUUCGGCCAGCGGUUCUACACAAGGACGAUCUUCCACAGGUCUGUAACCACGAGGAUAUCGAAAGUGUGGUCAAGAAAAGAGCAACAAGUUUUUCUGGUCCUUUAGAGACAAAUGUUAUUCCCGAACCUCCUACAUCAUCUACUUUGAAAGAAGAUCCACAAAAUUGGACCAACAUCAAGCGCAGGGCUUCUGAUCAGUUUCAGAGAAAAAGAUCCACCAUAUUUGUUAUAGUUGAAACAAAAAAGUUUGUUCCUAAGCCUCACGUUGGAGGUCAGGUACCUUGCAAACUAAAAGAUGAUUCAAUCGAUAAGAAAACCACUGACAUUAACUCAAUAAAAAGUCUCUCACUUUCAUUGGCUAAUGACUUUGAAAGACAUAUUUAUGGAGAACAAGACACGGCCAUGUUCUGCUCCCCGAAAUGUGUCCCUCCAAUCAGUUCCGUAUUACAGAAACUUGAUGACAACCUCAUUAAAUAUGUUAAACAAUACUUUUCUUUCUUACCUAACUAUUACUUUUUGUUGCUAACGGUCUCUUCUGUUAGCUUUGUGGUAACCUCUUGGUCCAUACUCACUGUGCUACCAGACUAUGCCAAGGAUCAGAAUAUCGAAACACAUCAUGCUGCCUUCCUUAUAUCCGCUUUCUCCAUCACGGAUAUUCUUGGGAAGUUCAUACCAUCGGGCUUACAAUAUUUCAAGCUUGCCGAACAAAGAACAGUCUUAUCCGUUAACCUCGCUCUUCUUGGAUCUCUUUGUUUCUUACUUCCUCUUCCAGCACAGGGAUUCUACUGGCUCUUGGCUAUCUCUUUAGGUUUUGGUGGGGUAAGCGGCUGUUUACAGACUCUGAUUCCAGUUCUCAUCUCUGACUACUUUGGUCCUGACCACACUGCUGUCGUAUUUGGAUUUUCUAAUUUUUUCAAUGGACUUGCAACUCUUGGGCGGCCAGCGAUGAUAGUUUUACAGAUGUAGAUGUGAUGUUGACAGCAAGUUGUCAAAGAGGCCACAGAUGAAUUUCCCAUGACUCUAAUAAAAAUAGCCGAAAAGAAACUCGUCUACGUAGAAAUCGGAUAUGUUCACAGAAUCGUCAGACAUCCUUGACCGGAGAACUGAGAGUGGCUGACACCCUUGACCGGAAAGCUGACCUUGGAGAAAACAACUACAACCGAUCUAUUCAUAAUUCUCAGAUCAAGCUCUACAGAUUCCUAAAGCUUAUUCUAACCUUUCAGGAUCUUAUGGACUCUGUUGUCUUACGGAAAAAAUUACACUCUUAUGGACUCUGUUGUCUUACGGAAAAAAUUACACUCUUAUGGAC